AUGUCGAAAAGUUCGAAAUAAUCAUUGUCUUUUAUGAGACCAGAGGAAGAACUUAAACUUAAAACUGACAUUAAUGUCUAACUUGCAAUAAAUGGCUUCAUUAGAAGGCAACUUAUUUAAACUUAGAUAGAUAAAUAAAGACCAAUCAAAGUUAUCAAUAAUGCUAAUUAAACGUAUGCUAGUUUGGCAGAUACCAAGAAAGUACUCAUAAUUAAGGAAGAUAUGAGGCAUGAGAUUGCAAAGGAUUUAAAAAUUUAAGGUUAAGGAUAAAAAUUGAGGUAGUCAUAAAAUCGUUUAAACAAUGAAAUAAUGGAUUUGACUUAGAAAGUGCAAGUAGAUUAACUCAAAGAUUAAGAUCCUUAUUAGAUGAAAAGAAAUAGGCCUUUAAAAUCAAACAAUGGUUUGCUUAUCCUAGGAGGCUAUAAGGAUUAUCUCUAAGAUAGACAUGGAACCAUUUAUAGAAAUUCAACUUUUACAGAUCCCUCAAAGGAAACUUAGAAAAAGGGUAAAGAAUAAAGCUUGUUACAGCCUUAAAAUGUCAUUCUCUUGUAAAAAUAGAAGCAAAUAUUUGAGUCUACACCUAUGAUCUAGCAUCCAGAUCCAAAACUAGAGAUUAUUGGCAAUCCAGAACAGAUCUAUUCAAGUUAAAAUGUCCUGAAGAGGAGACCUCAUACUGCAGUAGUUUAUAAUGAUUAUAAUGGGCAAAGAUCAAGACCAAAGAGUGCAUACAGUGGUAAAACAACCUCAAAUACGAAUGAAAAUUAGGGUCAGAGUUUUUUAAGAAAAGGCCAGAAAUCACAGAAUUUUUCAAUGGUUUAAAACAAAUUCAGAAAGAGAGGAUUCAGUGGUAAAUCAAGUAAGAACAAAAUUAAUGGUUGGAAUGCUAUGUCAAGCUUUGGAGCAGGAAUGGAAAUUACUCCAAAUAAUGAAGAUUUAGAUCUCACUGAUUUUUGA